CAGCCAAUAACGGGUGUUCCCCUUUCCCUGCUUCUCAGAAAGGUGUGGUAAGCUUGUGCUCACAGAAAAAUCCACUUUCUACCCGCUUAUCUCUCAAAUCAGCCUCAACAAUGUCUGUUUGGGAUGACCUGGACCUGCUCUUGGACUCCCCCUCCUCACUAACUACAACUUCAAAUGCCAGAGGAACUGUGAAGGACCAGGCCAGCUUUAAGGCGGAAGAAGACGUUGCUGCUCUGAGGAAAGCCAUAGAAGGCCUUGGUACAACAGAAAAAACACUGAUUGAGGUGCUGACCAAGAGAAGUAAUGCCCAGCGUCAGCUUAUCGCCACGGCUUAUCAGAAAGCCACCGGAAGGACAUUGGUGGCCGACCUGGAGGGCGACACUCACGGAGACUUCGAGGACUUGUUGGUGGCUUUGGUAACGCCUCCUGCCGUCUACGACUGUCAUGAAGUCAUGAAAGCUAUGAAGGGUCCAGGGACCACUGAGAGCACUCUGACAGAAAUCUUUGCUUCCAGAUCCAACAAACAGAUUAAAGCCUUGUCUGAUGUGUACCUCAAAGAAACCGGAAGAUUGAUAGGUCAUGAUCUGAAGUCGGAGGUAUCUGGGGAUUACGGCAAAGCGCUGCUCAUCUUGGCUGAGGGAAAGAGAGACGAGACCACCAAUGUGGACACAGAAAAAGCUAAAGCAGACGCUAAGGCGUUGUACGAGGCGGGAGAAAAGAAGUGGGGAACCGACGAGGCCAAGUUUAUCGACAUCCUGUGCCACAGGAGUAUUCCUCAGCUUCGACAAACUCUGAUUGAGUACAAGAAUAUCAGCAAGAAGACCCUGCAGGAAAGCAUCGAGAGCGAGAUGUCUGGGGAUUUGGAGAAACUCCUGGUUGCUGUUGUAAAGUGUGUCAAGAAUGUCCCUGCAUACUUCGCUGAGAGGCUGUUCAAGGCCAUGAAGGGAGCAGGAACCACAGAGAGCACGCUGACGAGGAUCAUGGUCAGUCGCUCCGAGAUCGAUUUAAUGGAUAUCAAGGCAGAAUACAAGAAGCUGUUUGGAUACACCCUCCACAGCCAGUUGGAGUCUGAAGUGUCGGGUAAUUAUGGCGAAACCCUCAAGCAGCUGUGUGGCCAAGAUGGCUGACUUCCCCAAGAAACCGUCCUCAGAUUACAAGCCGGAGCAGAAGAGAUGAUCAGUAACCAUCUGAAGACCUAAGAACUGAUCCUUUCCACUGAUCUCAACCCAAAUUAAUGGAAAUCAUCAAGAAAUUCUUUAAAAUACUGAAUUACAUGUGCUUAACAUUCCUAAGUCUA